CGGGAGCUGAGCGAGGCAGGCGGGCGGAGGAUGGGGCCGUGCCCGGGCUCCCGCUGUAGCCGCCCGGGGACACGCCGUGCACCCUCCGGCUCGGGGCUCUAGCGGUGGCGGCAGCGUUAGCGGCGGCGGCGAGAGCGGCGUUCCCGGCGCUUCUUGGCCGCGUUUCUCGGCUGGGCGAAGAGAAGAGGCAGCGGCGGCGGCACACCGGUGUCUCUCCCGCAGAUUUCUUUCUGCUUUCCUCGUCGACUGACUCGCCCCCUCCCUUUUUUGAGGAAGGGUGACCUCUUCUCUGGGACUGGAAAAGAUAUUUUUUGAGGAGGGGGGGCGGGUGGCAGCGUCAGGGGCUGCUGCCUCUCUUCUUUCAUCUCCCUCUCCUCCCCCCUCCAAGCCCUAAAAGCAAACCCCACAACUGCUCCAGCAUCCUCCUUCCCUUCCUCCACCUCCCUUCUCCUCCACCUCUUCCAGUUUCGCCCUCUUCCCCUCCUAAUUAUUUCAUUAUUAUGCUUCUCUCUCUGGGGGGUCUCGUCCCUCUCAGGUCGCUCGGAAGCCUUGGCCUCCCCUGGCUGCAUUUCUUAAAAAUUUUGGAGCCUGGGAGUGAGUUUUCUCUGAGGCGUGUGUGAGAGGCGGCGGGGGUGUUUUCCUGCGCGAGGGGCGGGUGAAGUUCAUUGCCCCCACUUUCCCGCGACCUUUUCGGACCCGAUUUGGAAUCCGGGGGGGCCCAGGCGUUUUCGGGGGGCGGGGGGCGCGGCGGAGAAUGGCCGCGGGGAGGGCUCCCCGGAGCCUCCCAGUCUCUUGAUCAAAGCAUUCCGCUAUUCUGAUUUAUUGCCUGCUUGGUGAGUUAUUUUUUUUUCCCCUCUAAAGGAGACCUGUGUGUUCAGCCAUUACUUUGCUCGGCGCUGCUCACAGGAAUCUCCGACCCUCGGUGCUGUGGGCAGCCCCGCACUUGGGCUUCUCGCCUCUCGCCCUCGCUCGCGUCCCUCCUCCCUCUCUCCGCCCCUUCCCCCUUUUCUUUCUCCUCUCUUUCUUCCCCUCUCUCCCUUCUUUCGGCCGCCGUCUCCCCCGCGCCCUCCUCGGGGCGGAGGGAAGCCGAGAAGGGGGAGGGAGGGGUUGGUGUCAAUUUUUUUGUGCGGCCGCGGCCGGAGCCUGUGGCGGGCAGGCGGCGAGCGGGGAGACCCCGGCGCGGCAGAGCCAUGGAUGGCCCGACGCGGGGCCAUGGACUCCGCAAAAAGCGGCGGUCGCGGUCGCAGCGAGACCGGGAGAGGCGCUCCCGGGGCGGGCUGGGGGCCGGCGCGGCCGGCGGCGGCGGGGCCGGCCGGACCCGGGCGCCCUCGCUCGCCUCGUCGUCGGGCUCCGACAAGGAAGACAAUGGGAAGCCCCCGUCCUCCGCCCCGUCCCGGCCCAGACCCCCGCGGAGGAAGCGGAGAGAGUCCACCUCGGCCGAAGAGGACAUCAUUGAUGGAUUUGCCAUGACCAGCUUUGUCACUUUUGAAGCGCUGGAGAAAGAUGUAGCACUUAAGCCUCAGGAACGGGUGGAGAAACGCCAGACCCCUCUGACCAAGAAGAAACGCGAAGCACUUACCAACGGCUUGUCCUUUCACUCCAAGAAGAGCAGACUCAGCCACCCCCACCACUACAGCUCAGACCGAGAAAAUGACCGCAAUCUCUGCCAGCACCUCGGGAAGAGAAAGAAAAUGCCGAAGGGACUCAGACAGCUCAAGCCAGGGCAGAACAGCUGCAGGGACAGCGACAGUGAAAGUGCCAGCGGAGAAUCCAAGGGCUUCCACAGGAGCAGCUCUCGGGAAAGACUCAGCGAUAGUUCAGCUCCUUCCAGCUUGGGAACAGGCUACUUCGUAAGUUUAUCUCAACUUUCACAUGUGUGCCUCGCUUUGGCAUUGAUUUACUUGUGUAAUGUAUGCUCAUUAGGAUGUGAAAAAAAAAAAAAAAAUCCGAAAAAUCCCCACUCGGUCCUAAAGAGCAGACUGAUGUCCAUCCUUUGACUAACAGUUGUUUUAUUUUAAAAAUGCACAACCUGCCUGGCUCUAGGGAUCCCAGGUCCAUCUGAGAUGUGUGUCUGGUUCUCAGCACCCAGCACUGUUGCGCCUUACCUGGCAGUGUGAGGGGGUACAGGGAAACCUGACUGGCUCGUACCUCCUUCCUACAAAAUUGUUUUGUUAGUGAGGAGUAUCCCACGUGGGGAUGGAACUCAGUUAUGCAGUGAGGCCUAUUUAUUCACUUGAAGACCUUCCCCACAUGCCCGAUGAAUUGCCUUUUUAAUUUUGACGAGGGGUGGUGUUUUAAUGGAUGUUUUCCUUCACAGUCUGAGUAGGUGGCCUUUUGAUUUCUUUCAGCAAAUCAUUAAAACUCCUCUUUUUAGGAAAUAGAAAUGUUUAUUUCAAGACCAUAUUCUCUGUCAUUUGGGAAGAGUGUGGAUGGUGACAUAUCUCAGGGCUUAUGACAAUACUUCUCAUUUACAAAGGAGUUAUCACUGCCUUUCUUUUGUUUAUAGCUAAAUUCCCCUUGUUGGGCUCAAUAAUUCUUUUCAGGGUAUAAAUAAAAAAGAAUCACACCUAGCCAUUAUUUACACAACAGGAUGAUAUGCCAGGGUAGACGUUUGUUGUGGUAUUUAAAGGCAUGUCAGGAAUUUAAAAGAAUCUGAUUUGUUCUGAAUGUUGAACACUGAUAACUCUAAUGUCUACUCCUCAUUUUCUGAGAAAAUAAUGAAAUCAUGAAAAUAAAGCAGAAAGUAUUACUGA